CACAACCGAAAAGUGACACAAAAUGUUUGUUUACUAAACAAAACGUUCACAAAAGGUUAUUCGUUUUGUUGAUGGACUAAAAUUGUUAUUUUCUGUAACUGCAUUACGUUACGAAAACCACCUAAUGGAUUUAAUAUGGCUGCAAACGCUGUUAUAGAUGGAUUUUUGGCUGAUACGGAGUUGCUGCUCAAUCGUUUCGUCAAACUAAAUUCUGCUAGGUUUGAAUGUUUUUGUACCGAAUGGAUUCGAAUGAAUUUUCAGUAUGUGUUCUGCGGCUACAUGUGCGUAUCGGAAAUGGUGCAGUUCAUAGAGGAUGCAUUUAUUGUAGUGAAACGUGCCCUCUUAAAUGCACAAUCAUAUUUCGAGAAAAUCGGAGCACUUUACUUGAUGUACGCAAUGUAUUUCAAACAGCCACCGAAACAGUACUGUAAAUUUCGUAUGACGAUGAGCGAAUGGAUGAAAAUGAAUCAGUUUUACAACGAAGUUUGUAUAUUCCAUGAUCAGGCGAGUUUAAUUUUCUGGAAAUUGCUGCAGCACGAUGCUUUUCGAUUCGUUGAGGCCGAAUACGAGUAUGGAUUCGAGCGAUUUAUGCAAAAGGGAAUGAUUGAUGGCAACGACGAUCUUAGAUUCCGAAAAAUAAAUCCGAUGAUCGAUGACACAAUGUCAGUUAUGAAGGAGCCGUCCACUGGUAUCGUUCCGGCGCUAGAAAUCCUUCAAAUCGGAUAUAAUGAAAUGAAAGAACAUCUGAAUCAAUCGUCGUCGUCAUUGGCACCAACGACCAUUGCAACGGACAUUGCCAAAGGAUUGGAAGAAAUCGAAAAUCUUUUCAAAAUUGACCGUGUUCCCAAAGCACACGAUCCUGAUUCGGAUGCCGAUAAUCAAAGCGAUGAUAUUAGUACGAGAAGAAAGCAGCUGAAGAAGAAAGCGUAUGGGGCCGAUGCAGCUGCAAGUUCCGAGUCGCCGAAGAAGACGAAAUCCGGAAAAUAUCGAAAUUCUAUCACUGAUGAUGGGGACUACAUAAAAAUCGAGAAGGCUACGCAGAAAGUAACGAAGAAUAAUGAACUAACCAAACGGGAGUAUAGAACGGUUGUGAAGCAAUUGGUGGUGCCAAUAGAAGACGAAUCGUCUGCAUCAUCUUCAUCAUCUAAGGCUAGAAAGAGUAGAAAAACAAUUAAGAAAGAAAAAGACUAAUCCAGUUCGAACGCUAAGACCCUACUUACUGCCCUUUUUUAUAAUUUCCGGUGAGAAUUGAGAGACUACUGCUGAUGCUAUUUAAUUAUAUGUUCUGGUCACUAAUAAUUACUA